AUGGAUCAGACUCUACUUCGCUUGUCAGUUGACAGGACCGUUUUGAGGUCGAGCCUAGCCGGAGAUCAAGACUUGCAUAUCGUCUGGACAGCCGAGUUGCCAGUCCUGGAGGAAAUGAUCCUGAAGGUGAAAUGCUCUUCCAAGUCCCGAGUAUCCGCUGCUCAGGUGGCCAUUUUUGCAAAGAUACUGAGAACCGGAUACUAUUCAUUCGGCACUAGUCACUGCGCUAUCCGUUUGGCUAUCUUGAAGCAAGCAAAAGUCACUCACCCUUCUGACUCUUGGUUCCUGACUCUCUUCCACGGCUUUCCCGCAGACUACAGCAGGCUGAUUACAGGGAGCUAUGUGCUUUCAACAAGGUAG